CCGUGCUCCCAUCACCUGACAGGCGGGCCCUGCCAGCCGAGCGCGCCCCCCAAAGCUUCAAACAUAACCGCCGCCACCGCCGCCCAACAGCCCACGGUAGUUUCUAGAAACCCCGGCCGGAGACGAGCGGGAGAGAGGAGAGGGAGGAAAUCCAGCGCGCCGGCCGCCGUGGGCUCCCAGGCUCGCGCACAUGGCGAACGGGACCGGGUCUCUGGGUCUCGGCGUCGAGGACGGCCUCGGGGAGACCUCGUCCCCGCUCCCCUCCGCCGCGCCCGUCGACGAGGUCCCCGGCGCGACCGCGUUCCCGCUUCCCCCCGCCGCGCCCGUCGACGAGGUCCCCGGCGCGACCGCGUUCCCGCUUCCCCCCGCCGCGCCCGUCGACGAGGUCCCCGGCGCGACCGCGUUCCCGCUUCCCUCCGCCGCGCCCGUCGACGAGGGCCUCGGCGCGACCGCGGCUCCGCUUCGCUCUGCCGCGCCCGCGUCUCCGCUUCGCCCCGCCGCGCCCGCGCCCGCGCCGGGUGUGCCGCCCACACCCGAUGGGAGCGCCGGCCGCCAUGGGCUCCCAGGGUCGCGCACGGACAGCGUGGCGAACGGGGGGGAUUCUGGAUCCCAAGCUCGGGGUGUCGGCGUCUUCGAGGGCCUCGGCGCGACCUCCUCGCCACCUCGCUUGGCCGCGCCCCCGUCGCGUGUGCCCCUCGCGCCCGAUGCGAGCGGCCGCGGCGCGGGAGGAGGCGUCCGCGACAUCUGCAAUGAGUUCGUGGAGCGGCUCGUCGCCGGUGGCCUCCUGGACCCGGGGGCGAUCGACGUUCGGCUCCGCACCUUGCUCGAGGAGCAUUUUGUCAGGUUUCUUGAGGAGAGCGUGGCUAACGGGGGAGAUUCUGUGCCCGGAGCUCAGGGUGUCGGCGUCUCCAAGGGCCUCGGCGCGACCUCCUCGCCACCUCGCUCGGCCGCACCCCCGUCGCAUGUGCCCCUCGCGCCUGAUGCGAGCGGCCGCGGCGCGGGAGGAGGCGUCCGCGACAGCUGCAAUGAGGUCGUGGAGCGGCUCGUCGCCGGUGGCCGCCUGGACCCGGGGGCAAUCGACGUUCAGCUCCGCACCUUGCUCGAGGAGCAUUUUGUCAGGUUUCUUGAGGAGAGGACUCGUUCAAGCCAAACAAGAAGACGUGGUAGCAUUAGGAGACUUCAGAAUAUCAAGACGAGGAAACGAUCUGAGAAGCUCAAAGAAGAGAAGAUGAUGGAAUCAUUCAAGGCAAUCUUGUCGGAUUCAAUCUCAUUUCUGUUUCCAACAAUGGUGGCAGUAUUCGCAAGCAACUUCUCUUUCGGAGAAUACGAGAAAUGCUUACUGAUCUUGUUGUGUGCUCUUGGGGGGCUCCUCAUUCUGCUUGCAAUGGUGCUGUCCCAUGGGGUUGAUGAUGGACAAGGAAGGACGGUUGUCGUGUCCCAUCUCACGUUGGGGGCUGUUAUAUACAUAUUUGGUAUGCUUGUGUACUGUCUCUACAAGUUCUUUCCUGAAGGGUCUGGCCAGGUCAUGGCCUUGUACGGUGGUGUUGCUCAUUUUGUCUUUGGAGCAGUAGUGCUUACAAUUCUAUGGGCGACUUCGUUCAAGCUUAGUUCGUGAAUUGUUGGUGCUUGUAGAUGGAGGGACCUGUAAAGUGUUGCCCCAUGCAAACUUGUAGAUGCACUAUGCAAAUAUUGUCAAACUUUAAAACAUCAGUAUAUUGUUGGUGCUUGGCAUUUGGUCAAGAUGAUCAAUCCUGG